CUUUUGAGUGACAGGUUUAGAGUUUGAAGCUUCGAAGGAAAGAAAGUGGCCAAAGCGACCUACGUGCGCCGUCAUUCCAUUGCGCCGGAAAACGUCAAAACAUCAGAAGGAGGCGUUGUCCUCCACCCAAAUUUAUGCAAACUGUCAACAACCCAAUUGAAUGUACUGUAAUAUCGUCGUGCAAAAGGAAUUGUUGCAUACUGCUACGCAUUGAAGUCGAGAUAGAAACAUAGGUGGCAAUACACCAACGUCCACGUGAUGGAGACAGAUGGGGACCAAAAUCAGGGCUCUACCAAUGGAACCACUCCAUCAGGAGUGAACUCCCGCCCCUCUCCAAUGAACUCCAUGUCCCUGUACGAGAGACAGGCUGUGCAGGCCCUUCAGGCGCUGCAGAGGCAGCCCAAUGCAGCGCAGUACUUCCAGCAGCUAAUGCUGCAGCAACAGAUCAACAGUGCCCAGCUACAAAACCUGGCUGCAGUACAACAGGCGACCUUUGCUGCCAGUCGCCAGUCCAGCCCUGCCACCAACAGCACCUCUCAGACCACCAGCACGACAGUCACAUCUGUGAACGUAACCACUUCUGGGGGAGGGGCCAUAAACAGCACCCGCGCUAUAGGCCCAGGCUCUUCCGGGACAUCCACCAUAAGCCAAUCAGUGCUGCUGGGUGGGAGUGCAGCAGGACAGGGACAGAUGUAUCUGAGAGUGAACCGGUCUCUGAGGGCUCCCCUCUCCUCACAACUCAUCUUUAUGCCUGGUAGCACGACAACCGCUGCCAUGGCAACGGUCACCCAGCAGCCACAGACUCAGCAGCAGCAACAACAGGAAGUUACACCUACUUCCUCCAGCAACCAAUCAGACAAUGACCAGGUGCAGAACCUGGCUUUGCGAUGUGUCGGCAGUCCCAAGGGAGUCGGGGUCAAGACUGAAACCCCAGAGAGGGGUGAAAUAGCAACCUACUCCCUUAUACAGUCAUCUCACCAGCAGUUCAACCAGUCCACUCAGCAGUCUCCCACUAAACCAACCCAACUGCAACAGUCCCACAUCAAGAUCCCCACCUACAUCCAGAGCUCCAACGCUAACCUCUCCUCUCUCAACCUCAAGACGGGCAACCACCACUCUAACACCCCCUCCUCACCCUCCACCUCUGUCCCACUCUCACAGCUCCUCCUUUCCGGACCCAACUUUGGCCGGGGCGGGGCUAUCACCACGGUGAACUCGGCCGCCGCGGCGACGCACAUUCUGGUGCCCACCUCCAGUGCACCCACUCAGUCCCACAGUUACCAGAUGGGUGCUGCCACCAUCAAGCCCAAUGUUAGUACUCAAACGCUGGUGGUUCAGCCUCUGCAGAAAAGCACUAUUAACGACAAGGGAGGCCAUGGGAACGGUCCCAUUCCAAUCCAGCCCAAAACUCAACAGGGUCUCCGUAUGCCACUGCAACUGCCCUCCCGCAACCCACCUCCCAUCCUCCCCGCGCCCCCCGCAAACAACCAGACUAGUGCCGCCCAGCCUCCGCCGCACAUCCCAGUCCAGAUAGUAGGGGCCAGGCCAAGCUCCAUAGGAAACCCCCAGGCUUUGGCCUUGGUCCAGGCCCGGAACGCCUGUUCCCAGGACGGAGCUACCCUUCUAAAUAGCUCCAACAGCGCCAGCCUCCUCACCAUGGUGGCCUCCAUUGCAUCCAGAGAGAGAGGGGGUUUAGGCAAAGGGGUGGGUCUAAAAAGCCUUCAAUCAGCCCAGGAAGCCCUCUCAUUGGCCCAUGUUUCUCACGUGCAAGCACAAGCCAAUCAGAGUCCUAGGCUGAAUCCAAAUCAAAAUUGCACCUUGGCCACCAGCAUCUCCUCUCAGUCCCAGGCCGCCAUCUCUCCUCCCACCCUCUCCCGUUCCUCCCUCACUCUACCCCUGCCGUUGGUUGAGGCGAGCAGUGCAUCCACUGUAGUGGCUGCCAAUGGAGAGUCUGUGUGUCCUCAGCCUCCCCAGGGUAAGUCGAUGAAGAGGAAAUCCGAGUCAGAUGCAGCCAAUGAGGAAGAUGGUCCCCCCCCUCCCCACCUUGUUCCUCUGAGUGAACACUCCCCUGCUCUCUCCUCCUCCGCCAUGGAAGCAGGCACUGGUCCACCUUCUCCCUCCCCUGUUCCCUCUCCUUCCCCUGCCCUCUCAGUGUCCCGUGUGGGGGGUGGCCAGGGGGAGAGAGCCCCCCCUCCACAGGCUGUGGUCAAACCCCACGUCCUCACCCACCUCAUAGAGGGCUUCGUCAUCCAGGAGGGAGCUGAACCCUUCCCUGUGAGUGGGCCAGUGAAAGAGCCAGCUGGAGAAGAUUUGGCAAUGGACAAUCCAGACGCCAGUCAGCCUGAGACUGUGAAUACAGCUACAGUGCUGAAGUGUGAGUACUGCAAAAGCUUCGCCCCAGCCAGACAGUUUAGAGGGACCAAGCGCUUCUGCUCCUUGACCUGUUCCAAGAGGUAUAACGUGAGCUGCAGCCAGCACUUCCGCCUGCGACAGGGGCUUCACCUCACCCACUCUGACGAGGACGGAGUCCUGAGGAGGAGGGUUCCCCACAGGACCAGCUCCGAGAUCGCCAGUGCCAAAAUAGCCGGGAGACCCUUACCAGUCAAGUGCCGCUCCGAGUCCAGCCGUUCGGACGACAUCUCCAGUUGCGAGGAGGAAGAAGACGACCCCAUGUCCUUCUCCCCGGCCUCCUCCUCUUCCUGUCAUCAGCCUCCCCCCACACUCCGAUUGGAGGGCUCACCGGCGCCCCACUUCCUGCCCGGCAGCCCUGCCCAGUGGAGUGUGGAGGAAGUGUCUCAGUUCAUAUCAUCUCUGCAAGACUGUGAGGAGCUGGCGGCCCAUUUCCUGUCCCAGGAGAUUGAUGGACAGGCCCUGCUGCUGCUCAGAGAGGAGCAUCUCAUGUCCACCAUGAACAUCAAGCUCGGUCCCGCCCUCAAGAUCUGUGCCCACAUCAACAACCUGAAAGACUGAGAGGAAGGAUGAAAGGAGCAAAGGAGGGAUUUUGAAAUACUCCCCCCAAAAUAAAAGGAGAGAAAGAAGGGCUGGAGAGAGAGAGAGAAGAGGUGACAAUAUGGCCAUUGAAAUACUUUUUAGCUGUGUUAAGUGGGGUCCCUGUUGAUUUUAUUAUACACCAUAUGUACAAAAGUAUGUGGACAUCACUUCAAAUUAGUUGAUUUGGCUAUUUCAGCCACACCUGUUGCUGACAGGUGUAUAAAAUCGAGUACACAGCCAUGCAAUCUCCAUUGCCUAACAUUGUCAGUAAA